AUGAAAGCAUCUUUCUCCCUGCCCUGUCUCCUCCUCCUCCUCCUGACUCUGGAUGCCUGCUUUCCUUCAGAUGGCAGAAAGGACCCGGGAGGCCCCUCGGACAGCUUUGGUUUUGCGAAGAAAUGGCAAGGGGCAGUGGGAGACUCCCCACCGGGGUGGCCGUGGGGAGCGUCCACGCAGAAGAAAGAUCCAAACCCCCUGUUCGGCCUGGCCAAGGAGCCGCAGGGAUUUGGUAAAGAGCGGGCCAGCUUCGGGUUCAGGUUUGGGAGGCAGGAAGAGGAAAGCCCGGGUGCCCACUUUGUUCCGGCCAGCGGAGAGAAGCGGAGCGGCCUGCUGGGGAAUCUAGCCGAGGAGCUCAACGGCUACCGCAGGAAGAAAGGCGGCUUCAGUUUCCGUUUUGGACGGCGGUGA